GCAGCAGGAAAUUUGAAAUCCCUCUCGCUCCUCCCUCGCCGCCGCCCCGCAAAUCCGGCUCGCCUGCGUCUGUUGAAACUGUUCUCCUGCCUACGCACACCACAAACGCAAAAGUCCAAUCCACGCCUGCCAAAGCUGUGCCGCCGUCUGCCCCCUCCUCCAAACACCACCGCCGCGUCGGCUCGCCGCCGCCAUUCCGUCACCACCUGCAUCCCCCUCCGCCUGAAUCCCAUGGGGCUCUGUUUCAGCAAGAAGCAGCAAGCGAAGCGCCGAGACGGGCAGCCGUCCAAUGACGCCAAGAAGAGCGGCGGCCGGAAAUCCGGCAGGGGCGCCGAUGCCAAGAAGGUGCCCCAGGCAAAGGCGUCGGCGCCGGCGCUGGCCAAGAAGGCUGUAGCCAGACCGGAGGAGCCGGCGGCCGACAAGAGGACGGUCUUCGUCGUCAAGGCCGCCGCGGCGGCGGCGGCCGCGGAGGUCGCUGCCGCGGCGAAGGGCGGGUCCGAGGGGGCGGAAGCGAAGCGGGCGGCGCCGGAGGAGGAGGCGGCGAGGCCCGUCGCGGUGGGGCGGGCGCCGGUGCGCACGUCGAGCUGCACCAAGGAGGAGGUGGACGCGAUCCUGAUCCAGUGCGGCCGGCUCAGUCGGAGCUCGUCGGCGUCCGGGAAGGCGCCGUCGGGAGAGCACGGCGGCGGGCACCGGAGGUACGCCGGGUCCAAGCGGAGCUACGACUUCGACCACGAGAGGAGGGGCGGCGACGCCGACGAGUGCGAUUGGGGCAGGGAGGGGGCCGCGGCGUCCAGGCCCUCCCCGCGCCGCCGGACGCCGGAGCGGAAGCGGUCCGCGAGCCACGAUGGCCGAACUGGCAGCGGGAGCGGGAGCCGGAGCCGGAGGGUGAGCCGGUCGCCGGGGCGGCGGGCGGACGUCGCCCCUGCUGCAGGGAGCUUGGGGACUGGCGAGCGAGGCGCAAGGCAGCAGCCGGGGAAGAUGGUGUCCGUCCCGGCGAGGGACAAGGGGCGCGCGCCGUCGCCGGUGAAGGCGUCGUCGUCUGGGAAGAGGUACCCGUCUCCGAGGUCGAACUCGCCUGCGAGGGCGGCCGCCGCAGGGAAUGAGAACGCUGGGAUGCAGCCGACGCACGGGCCGUCGCUGAGCCGGAGCUCCUCCAGGAAGGCCGAGCAGUCGCCCUACCGGCGCAACCCCAUGGCAGAGCUCGACGAGAACGCUCUCGGUAACAAUCACCACCACAACAAUGGCAACAACAGCAAGCUCCAAAAGAGAUCCGCUGAUGCUGCCGUCGCAUUGCCACAGAAGACAUCGGAGCGUGCAAAGGAUCAGAUCCCCAGCACCCGAGCUGCGAAGGAGAAGGAGAUUGUGGAGGAGGCCGUGGCGUCGGACACCAAAGCAUCGUCCGCAAGGAUGAACGCCACCCACUCAGUAAGCAUUGUGGCCGAGAACGUCACCAAUCCGAGGCCGGGGAGCCGGUCGUCGAGGCGUUCCUCACGCGAUUUCGACCACAAUGGCAACUCGUACGCCUCCCUGCUCCUGGAGGACAUCCAAAACUACCACCAGCAGAGCACCAGCGCCGCUGCAGCGCCGACCUUCGCGCUCCCGGCGUGCGUGUCGAAGGCCUGCUCGAUCCUUGAAGCCGUCGCCGACCUCAACUCCUCGUCGUCCGAGAACAAGAGCUUCGAGCUGGAGAGGUCGGUCAACGACAAGGAGUCCGUCAACGGGAGGUACGGCGGCAAGGGUCCGGGCACCACCCACGUGGUCGAGUCGGAGGUCGUCGUGAAGGACGACCUCAUGGAGCCGAGCAUCCACAAGUACGUCUCGGUGCGUGACAUCCGCGGGGUCGGGGAGACCGAGCCGCAGGAGUCCGCCGGGAGCAACAGCUUCGCCGGCAACGCGUGGACGUGCUCGUGGGAGCCCAAUUCCGUGGACUCCACCGACCGGACCAGGACGGCCUCGCAGUCGUACAACGGUGACGAGGUGGAGCAGGUCACGGAGCAGUCAUGGCAGAGCAAGCAGGAGCCCAGCUGCCGUGGUUCUGCCAGCCAUGUUCAGCUUCAGCGCGUGCGUGGCGCUCACCGCGGCAGCGGCAGCGGUUGCGCCGUCAGUGGCCGGUCCGAUGCUCGUGGUGCCUCAGCGAGUUCUUCGUUUGUUUAGGGAUGCUACUGGCAGUUUAGAAGUUAUGGUAGGUGGUCUUGGUAGUUUCUGGUUUGAACUUUGGAGUUCUAAUGGCAAGAAAGGUUGCUGUUUCAGACUAGUCUUUCAGCGUUUGGAUUCUUUGCUAGUUUGGUGAUACAUUGUUCAGAUGUAAUCAGGAGGUGACAUUGGCAAAUCUUUCGUUCACUGUCAUCGCUUAGUGUUGGACUAUGAUUGGAAGUAAGC